AGGCCAUGUUUAUUGGAGAUUCUUAGACCACCUUUGUGGAGAAGCUUUAGUAAAGGGUUCUUAAAAAAAAAAUUAAAAAAAAAAAAAACAUAAAAAGAGAUAAAACUAUAGAACCGCUUCUUAGCAAAGAGGUUUUGGAACUGCUAAAAAACUCCAUACGUGUGUCAUGUUGGUAUUGGUCGUCUCUCUUUUCUCUCUUUUCUCCCUCGUCCUCGAUGCUUUUCUUUUCUGUCUGAGAAAUCUUUCGUCUUGCUCUCCUUCUCCAAAUCCGUAGCAGCUAGAGAACCUCGGCGAAAUCAGAUUGGUGGCUAGGAUUGUGCUGGGACUCAGGUUGGAUCUCGAUAUCAGACGACUCGUCGACGAUAUCGAACGAAUCGAUCUGCUGACGAACUAGACCUUUCUCUACGAAGUAGGCUGAUAUAACGGUCCAUGCGUCCUCCUGUGUAAUCUCCUCGUCGUGAUCAAUGUAAGGCUGGUCCUGUUCGUACUCCAUCUUUGAUCUCCUCCCGUUGAAGAUUGAAGAACAGAGCAGAGAGAGAGAAAGAGAGAGAGAGAGAGAAAGCGCGACUUUGUGGAGAUGAUCUCGAUCUCUCAUUCAAUUGGAGAAGAUGAUCUAUAUAUACCUCUUCUCACAACCGUAAUCACAGCCACAGAUAGAGGCUUGGUAACCCGAAGAAUAGCAUGUACACCUUACUGCAGCCCCACCUUAGAUGUUCUACUAUUUGAGAUCAUUUUCCCUCUAAUGUGCUUCAAUAAUGAUGACCAAGUACUUUGGGAUGAAGACCCGCAUGAGUAUGUGAGGAAGGGUUAUGAUAUAAUUGAAGAUCUGUACAGUUCCAAGACUGCAUCUAUGGACUUUGUGACUGAGCUGGUCAGAAAGCGUGGAAAAGGCAACUUCCCCAAAUUCAUACAGUUCAUCGUGGGCAUAUUUAAUAGAUAUGGUGAAGCACCUCUAGAACAGAAGCCCUAUCGCCAAAAGGAUGUUGCUCUGCUUGCUUUUGGGACACUUUGUGAUAAACUUAGGCAAACUGAACCCUACAAAUCCGAGCUGGAGAAUAUGCUAGUGCAACAUGUUUUUCCUGAAUUCAGCAGCCCAGCUGGUCAUCUUAGAGCCAAGGCUGCGUGGGCUGCAGGGCAGUACGCCAACAUUAAUUUUUCAGACCAAACCAGCUUUGAUGUAUAGAAGAGAGCUUCAUGUCCCCUCUCUCUCUCGUGGACCUCUUUCUUCUUCCUUCUUCUUAUCAGCUAAAAAAAAAAAAUUUAAGAACCUCAAUGAGGUUUUCCCAUUGGAAGAUCAGAAAAUUAAUUAGAGUAACAAAUAUUCUAAACU